AUGGAGAAAUUCCUUAGACCAGACAAAUUGCAAAUUGACCCGGAAUCUCCAACUGCCUCAGAGGAAUGGACGCACUGGUUACAAACAUUCGAAGACUUUCUAACCAUGACAGAAUUCGUUGAAGACAAGGACAAACUGAAACUACUAACUAAUCGAUUAUCUUUUACUACUUAUAAAUUUAUCAAGGAAUCUGAAACUUACCAAGACGCUUUGAGAGUUCUUAACUCAAUUUACAUCAAACAAAAGAAUGAAAUAUUCUCAAGAUAUUUAGUAAUGACUAGAAAACAGCAACGAGGUGAGACUAUUGACAAAUAUGUGUCGGAACUGAAACUUUUGAGCCAAGAUUGCGUUUUUGAAGCUGUUAAUGCGAUUCAAUACAGGGAUCAUUACAUUCGUGAUGCUUUUAUCAAUGGCUUAACCUCGUCAUACAUACGACAGAGACUAUUUGAAAAUAAAACUUUAGACCUAGCUGAAGCAGUGGAACAGUCUAGAGCUCUUGAAAUGGCUCAAGCUCAAGUCGAGAGCUAUCCAAAAUCUAUGUACGGAAUGCAAACUUGUGCAACGAAUGAAUUGGCAAAGCAAGCUUGUCAGUACGAAUUCCCACUACAACAAAAGGAAGAAGCGACUGUUUCCGCUAUUAAAAAUGUUGAUGGCAAGUGUUAUUUUUGUGGGCAUGAUAGACACUCUAGAGAUCGCUGUCCAGCCAGAGAAGCAACUUGUGGGAAAUGUAACAAGACAGGGCAUUAUGCGAGAGUCUGUAAAAGUAAUCCAACUCAACAUUUUAAAGUAAAACAGAAGACGUCUAGUACAUCAGCUGCACUAAUAGCAACUACACAUAAUACAUCUGUAUUGAAGGACUCUACUGUUGAAGCUAAAGUGAAUGGCCUGAAAGCAAAUUGCUUAAUAGACACCGGGAGUACAUCAAGCUUUGUAAACUUGAAGUUUGUUCAGUUAAACAAAAUUAAAAUGUAUAAUGAAAGUGGACAAGUAUCACUAGCUGCUUCUAAUAUGAAAUCAAACGUCCACGGGUUUGUUAAAAUCAACCUAAAUCUGUUGAAUCACAAUUACAACAAUUUUAAGUUGACUGUUCUUGAAGAUCUUUGUACUGACGUGCUUAUCGGACAUGAUAUCAUGAAACUCCACUCAAAUAUACAAGUUUGGUUUGGAGGUAAGAAACCUCCUCUGUUGGUGUGCUCCUGUGCCAAAGUUGAACCACCCAAACUAUUCUGCAAUUUAACUCCAGAUUGUUAG